AUGUCCAACUAUCCACUCAACUCGAUAUUUAAUCGACCCGAAUGCCGACGCUUCGACAUCAAUGUUCACUUCAAGACCUAUUCUGAUGCGAGGCUUGCUGCCCUUUUCCUUGACAAUAUGCACAAGUUUUCCACUCGUCUCUUCGAACAAAUUUUCGAUGUUGUAACCGACCCACGAUUCAAAUCGAGUGAUGUCACGCUCACAGGACUUUGGGAAAUCUUUGACCAGGUCUCUACUUAUCGAAGGGGCACAGCACUGGAUCGCGGCGUUGCAAAGCCCCCCGAGAUCAAAAAGUCUUCAGGUGUCGUUCCACCUGUCAUUCUAGGGCUCGUUGUCGAUGCAAUAGUACAGAACGACUUGUACCUCAAACAUUUUGAGUGGCCCGGGAUUGAAUCGGAAGAAGAGCGUACGCUCGUAUGGUGUGAUACCUUGCAGUAUUUAUACGAGUGUAUCCCGAGGAUGCUUUCACUGAAAUUUUUGACCAUAGAAGGGUGGUCAAGCUCGGAGACGGAUGUACUGGAUUGGAACGAGCACCCUCCUUCCUCGUUGAAAGCGGUGGACCUUAUGCUUGGAUCUCUUGGGACUGACAUGAGCGGGCAAAUCGUCGCUUGGCUCCUUCGGCCGCGGGGAAACUUCAGCUUGCAAUCACUGUCCAUUUGUGGAGGCGAAUAUCUUUCAGAAGACACCUGUGAGGAGCUGGGAUUGCUCCUACAGACGAGUCUUCAAUUGGAACAGCUAUCAGUGUAUUCGACGCCGGCUCUCGAUGAAGUCUUACUAGAUUCGCGUGUUCCUAGCCUGGAUCUCUUUUAUAACAAAAUAAACUGGGAUGUCCAUAUGCCAUGCUUACCUUCGUCCUUGGAACAUUUGGGUAUACAUAUAACUGAACGAGACGCUCACGAGAUGUGCACUAAUUGGGUGAACUUCAUUUGUCCCUUGAUCGAAAAAAUAUCCAUACUGCCUGGGCUCCGGACCCUGGUCUUCAUAAUACGAGCGGAGGAUUCGUACGUUGACUGGAAGCUUAUUUGCAAUGGCCUCGAUUCAAGAUUUUAUCGCCGGUCGCUUGGUACCUCUGGACUAGCAGACGAACCUUUACCAGUUGAGUUGACGAAAUUCUGUGAAGGACGAAACAUACAUCUAGCAUGUGUAAAUGCCGCGUCCCUUGGGUAA